UAUUUAUUAAUACCUAAAUACAUAGAAAACACCCAUGACUAGGGAUUCUCGGGAAACAGAUAUCCGUGCUCAUCACACCUAACGCCAUUAGCUAAUUAAAGAAACACGUUAACGGGCAUUAACUGAAGCAUGACAACGCGGGUGUACAUACCUUAUCGCUAUUUCUUUACUAAUUUACUCCAAAAUUUUACAGUAAUAAUUACGACUAACUAAUUGCUAAUGAGAUGGCCGGAAACAUAAUGCGGGUGCGUCGAAAUGUAUUAUAUUAGAUCUAAAAUACUGUUAAGUUCAUUCAUUAAACAGGAGUAAUCGUGUACGCAAGAAACCACAAUGGUUAUCCUUCAAGUUAUAAUAUUAUUAAUAAUGUGGACAUCUAAAUGUGAAGCAGUACCAAAUAUUCUAGAAAACAUGAUACCAGAAGAUGCUUUAUUAAACUUCACUGACCUAUCCAAGAAAUAUGGACAUCCAGCUGAAGAACACAACGUUGUCACAGAAGAUGGAUACAUAUUGAAACUUUUUCGUAUACCUGGUGAAAUUAAAAGGCCAAUAUUCAUCAUGCAUGGACUAGGAGAUUCUGCAGAUUCCUACAUAUUAAGAGGUUAUAAAUCUUUAUCCGUAACCUUAGCCAAUGAAGAAUAUGAUGUCUGGCUCGGAAACAAUAGAGGCAACAAAUACUCCCGAAGACAUUUACAUCUGAACCCAGAUAAAGAUAAUAAGUUCUGGCAGUUCAGCUUUCAUGAAAUCGGUAUUUAUGACUUGCCAGCAAUAAUAGACUUUAUUUUGAACAAAACGAAAUCUGAUAAAGUAGACGUUAUAGCACAUUCUCAAGGAACUACGGCGUUUUUUGCUUUGCUGGCAACGAAACCGGAAUAUAAUGGAAAGAUUAAUGUCCUAGUAGCACUAGGUCCAGUGGCGUUUUUGGGUAAUUUAUCUCCACCUAUAUCAACUAUUGCAAUUACAGGACCUGUAAUCAACCAAAUCUUAGUCAGUAUGAAGGUAGAAGAGAUAGCGGCCAAUGAAACAGCCGCUCGAGAAUUGCAAACUAAACUUUGUUCUUUAGGAUUCAUAGGAGGUAAUUUUUGCCGCUUCGGUCUUAUAUUUCCUCUCUUUGGAUUCGACCCCGAAAGCCUUGAAGCAGAGUUUGCGCCAAUUGCUUUGGCUCAUUUCCCAGCUGGUCUCUCAAGGAAGUGUUUGGUGCAUUACGAUCAAUUAUUUUACGGUAGAAGAUUCUCCAACUUUGACUACGGAGUUUCGAUGAAUUUGCAAUUAUACAAUACAUUUGGCCCUCCCGAUUAUGACUUGAAAAAAGUGACAGCAAGAAUAGCCUUGUAUGUAGGGAGGAAUGACCCGUUCUCAAAGAUAAAGGAUGCUGAACUUUUGAAGGAGGUACUACCCAAUAUAGUGGAGUUUAAAAUUAUAGAUUCAAAUAAAUGGACUCAUGUUGACUUUGCUUGGGCUAACGACAUGGACAAGUAUUUAUUUCCUCUGAUUUUCGAUAUUUUGAAAAAAAUAAUUUAAUUCGAAUUGUCGAUUAUUAAAAUAAUUUGUAGAAGAGUAAAUAAUAAUACACACCAUUUCCAUGU